ACCCGCAGCAGCGAGGCAAGCAGCAGCGUGCGGUGAGAUUCGGGUCGUCCAAGCGUUACCAUGCCCAAAGUGAAGAAGCAGCCGCGUUCUCGACAACAGCGCGGAGAAGGAAAAGGAGCUGGACCAGGUAUCAGGUUUAACACUGGACUUGGUCAACAUAUUUUGAAAAAUCCCCUUAUUGUUAACAGCAUUAUAGAAAAGGCGUCCUUAUACCCUACAGAUGUUGUUCUAGAAGUUGGUCCUGGCACUGGUAACAUGACGGUAAAAAUGUUAGAAAAGGUGAAAAAGGUUAUUGCUUGUGAGCUUGAUGUAAAGCUUGCUGGUGAACUUCAGAAGAGAGUCCAGGGCACGGCCUUGGCAAACAAACUUGAAAUAAAGAUUGGAGAUGUAUUGAAAAGUGACCUACCAUUCUUUGACGCUUGUGUGGCUAACUUGCCUUAUCAAAUUUCUUCUCCCUUUGUUUUUAAGCUAUUGCUGCAUCGGCCUUUCUUCAGGUGUGCAGUACUCAUGUUUCAAAGAGAAUUUGCUCUCCGCUUGGUUGCAAAACCAGGUUCUCCCCUAUACUGCAGGCUCUCAGUUAAUACUCAGUUAUUAGCCCGUGUUGAUCAUCUGAUGAAAGUAGGCAAAAACAAUUUCAAACCACCGCCCAAAGUUGAAUCCAGCGUUGUGAGGAUAGAACCAAAGAACCCUCCACCGCCUAUCAACUUUCAGGAGUGGGAUGGUCUGCUAAGGAUAGUCUUUGUCAGGAAAAACAAGACACUCGCUGCGGUUUUUAAUUCAAAUGCCGUGAAACAGCUGCUGGAACAGAAUUAUCGAAUUCACUGUUCGCAAAAUAACUUGGAAAUUCCUGAAAAUUUCAGUAUUGGAAAUCUCAUACAUGGAAUCCUAAGAGACACGGGUUACUCAGAAAAACGUGCAAGAGUAAUGGAUAUCGAUGAUUUCAUCAGUGUUCUGCAUGGCUUCAAUGCAAAAGGCAUCCACUUUUCCUGAAGGAAAGAAGAUGGAAGAUAACUUGAAAAACAUCAUUUCACAAGGAUGAACUGAACUACAUAAAUAGAAUUUCACUCAUGAUGUGUGUAAGCUACUCUGGCCUAUGGCAAUUAUGUGAAAUGGGUUCUUGAGCAUAGGAGCCAACCACCACCACCACCACACUUUUAUCCAUCUUUUUUCUCCUCUUAGUUCUUUAGGAUAACCUCAGUAGCCAUUGUUAAGGGUCCCAUGAAAUACACCUCUUUAUUUUCCACAGCAACCAACGGCUCUCAACAACUAAAGCAAGAAUAUCUGGGUCGUGUUUGCUGAUACAAGCAAAUAAGUACUAGCAUUGUUACUCUUAAAGAAUUAAUGAGUCUGAGAUGGGAACCAGGUUUUCCCAAUUGUCAAACCUGAUUGUUUAUAUAUUUUUAUUGUCAGAUCUUUAGUAUUGGUCUUAUACUGUGCAUUGCAAUAAUUAAUUUAUAUCAAAUGGUUUGUAAUAAUCAAUACUCUAUAACCACAAUUAUACUAUACAAUUUCUAGCCAUAAGAGCAAGUUUCCAUUGUCUACAAAAUUCUUCAAAUGAAAGAGCUAUGAAUAGUGGUCCAUACUGCUUUCAUCCCACUAUGUACAGAAGCCUUCCCCCCCCCCCCGAUCCCCCCCCUUGAUGUUUUGGACUACAACUCCCAGCAUUUCUGACAAUUGGCCAUACUGGCUGAAGUUGAUUAGAAUUGAAGUCCAAAACAUCUACAGGGCACCAGGUUGGGGCAGGCUGCUAUAGUUAUGUUCAUUCCCCUCUUCAAAGAGCAGAAGUGUACAAAGACUGUAUUCAUGCUGUCAUAUUCAACAUUUCUGUCCCUCAAUUAAUGAUCCUGUAGCAAGCAGGUAACCUGGGUUCCUCAUCACAUCUUCAAGGUGAAAGAGAUCAUAGAAUUUUAGCAGAAGCUAGUGCCUAAAUGAAAAAAGGAAAGUAGGUUCCAGGAAAACCUCCACCUUUAAAACAUUUAUGUAUAAUUGGUUGCUGUUAAUAGCACAGGAGCUGGUAAUCGUAGAAAAUUGGUGAUCCCUCUGCUUAGAAAAAAAAUGUAUUUGGUCCUAAGAAAAAUGAUAGUAAGGCCAACAUAUACUUUGAAUAUAUUUAUAUUCCACCUUUCCACUCAUGAGAAGCUCAAGGUGCCUUAAAUCGGUGGAAGUUAAAAUAACACUGUACAAUCAGUUAAAACGAAUUAAUGCUAUAGUCAGUUGGGCCAUACAUGCUAAAGUAAUAUUUUUGUCUGAGCUCAAAAUCUGAUCACCUGUGGCAGAAAGCUCCACAAGCUCAAUGAAGAAGGCUCCAUCCCACAUUCCUGGUGGCUGGACCUCUGAUAGUGGGACAUGCAGCAGCACUUCUGCUCAAGACCUCAAUGGACAGGCAAGAAGGAUUGUGUGGGAGAAGGUUCCAAGUCAUAUAAGGCUUUUAAAUAAUGAACACUUUGAAUUGGGCUUGGAAACAAACCACUGCUUUCUUCAAUAUCACUGUCAUACUGUCUCAAGGAAGCAUUUUAACAGGAAGGCCAGCUCACCUUAAUUAAGGUGAUAAUUAAGGUUAUCCAGGGAGGAAAGGAGUUGAGUAGCCAGCAUCACGUUUAAAAGAAUUCUUGUCUACAUCAGCCUUCUCCAGACUAGUAACCUCCAGUUGCAGUAGAAUGUUGGCUGGGGCGAUGGGAGUUGUAGUUCAACAUAUGUGGAGGGUACCAAGUUGGGGGAAAGCUGGUCUACAUCAUCAGGUUACUUAAACUGAACAGUAUCCCUAAUAGGAGAAACAGCUGCCAAAGCUACAUCUAUUGGUAUCACCCUCAAUGUGGAGUGGGGUUCACAAUGGACGAGUGACUGUGAUGGUUCCAGUCUUUGAGAACAUAGUAUUGGAACUCCCUCUGGCCAAAGAGCAGUCGCAAUCCCAUAGUUUGGAGUCAUUCUGCCCCCCAGAGGCAACACUUAGGUACUGAUAUAACGAUAGAUCGUCUUGGAAGGGAUUGGCAAUAUCUACAAGCAGCGGGCUGCAAGCAAUUUCUGGAUAACCCCACCGUUUAAAGCUUUAGAGAGAUAAUUUGUUUAAACUGAUCGUUAUGACUUGGGUUUUAAUCGCCAACCCUCUCAAGCAGAAACAUGGCCCUUGGUAGCUUGUUCUUGAAGCCAAUGUGCACAAAUGGCCUACUUUACUGGAGUUUCUUACUUGGUGUCAAAUGCGUUAGUAGUUUGGCAGAAUAUGGGUGUCUGAGGCUAAACAAGAUGCAACCAAGUUCGUUCAGGUUUCUAAUAUGCAGUUUGAGGACACAGCUAAGUGAAAGCCGAUACAGCCUCAAGGGGUUAUACCUGUGACUUUUAGAAAUGAGGCAGGUUUGUGUGGCUCACCACAGAUC